AUGAGUUACCACUUCAACAAUAGACGUCUUCUUCACAACUACUACAAGCUCAGAGUUCCCCUUCUGCUCAUUAUGUCACUGCUCUUCUUUAGUCAAGGUGCGCAUGCCAGUCCUCCACACAUCAUUGACAUCCGUAGUAAAGCUCCACAAUGCAGAGUAUAUUCGAAGCCAGCAUUACACGAAGCAUUGGAUAAGAUCUGCUAUGUCUGCCAUGAAAUGUUUUCACACAUUAGGCCGAACUUAAGAUCAGAAUGUCGUUCAAAGUGUUUCAGAAAUGAGCAUUUCAGAGGAUGUGUUAGCGUUUUUGCACCUGGACUAUCAGAAGGCUUGUUUAGCAAAGGCUAUGGAGGAAAUCACAGAGCAGGAUGA